UAUGAAACAAAAAGAACGACAACCAAAAGGGUAAAGUAGGAAAGAAAAAAAAAAUAUUUAAGGGUAAGAAACGGCGGAGUGUCUACCCUUUCCCGAUAAGAACGGUGGUUCCUCAUUUGGGGAUACCCUUUUAUUCAUUUUUCAUUUCUCUCCCUUCUUUCUAAUUUCAUCAUAAACCUCCAUAAUAAAUCUCUUCACUAUUUAUCCGCCAACUUUUAUUUUUAUUUUUAUUUAUUUAAUUUUCUCAUUCAAAUUUCAAACCCUAAUUUCUCGUCUUUCCUCUAAUUUCAACAGAAUUAACUAAUUUCAUCUCAUAUUAUUGUUUUUUUCAAAAUAAAUUCCAUCUCCGCGCGGAUAUUUAGAAUUCAUUAGUUAAACGUAUCUUUUUCUUUUCGAAACUUUUCAUAAUUCCAUUAAUUUUGGAGCUUAAUAAGGUAAUCGAUAAUGGAGUAUGGUAUUUGUUGAGCUGGUGAAGCAGCAGGAGUUGCAGAUCCAAGAAUCUCAUGUUUACACAGGGAAGAAUUGGAUGGUUAAUUAAUGGUGGUAAUGAAAUCAUACAGUGUUUGCUUUUGCUUAAAAAUGCAGAGAGGAAGAACAGAAAAGAAAAGGCUUUAAGCGGACAAGAGGUUUUUGUGCAACAGUAUUUCAGCAGCAGUACUUACUGAAUUCUGAAGCGUGAAAUUAAACUUUAUCAAACCCAUUUUUUCUCUCUCUCAUUGACCCUUGUUACAGAAAAGUCACUGUAAACUCUGAUACAUCAUCAUCAAUGCAAAGGACAUUAUAACACCCUCACCAUCUCAAAAAUCAAAUAGAAAAAAAUAAGAUUUUUUUUUUCUUUUUUUUUUCGAUUAUUUUUUCUCUACUUUAUUCAUCAAAUUUCUGACAAAAAAAGAAACUGAAUACCCAUUUGUGGUUAUUAUGAAAGUGGGAUGGUAUGGAGGUGGAUGAGAUUCAAACCCCUCAACAAGCUUGUAAGUAUAGUAGGGUUAGUUCAAACGGCAGAAUAGAUUCUUCCAAGAUAGCUUCUGGUGGGUCCAACAAUGGUGAAGAUAAUGAUGUAAACCCAACUGAGCUCAGGCGAGCUAUAGUACCCGCAACCACUACGGGAAACGGAAGUGGUGGAGGGAUUGCAGGAGGGGAAAUGAUUGUUGGGAAUAGUACCCGAUUUGGAAGACAGUGGCAACAUUCAUCAAGGAUUAUUAGGGUUUCGAGAGCUUCCGGUGGUAAAGACCGGCAUAGUAAGGUAUUGACAGCAAAAGGGCCGAGAGAUCGGAGGGUCCGGCUCUCGGUCACAACCGCUAUCCAGUUUUAUGAUUUGCAAGACAGGUUGGGUUAUGACCAGCCUAGUAAGGCAGUAGAUUGGCUUAUUAAAGCAGCUGCUGAUGCUAUCAAUGAGCUGCCUUCUUUGGAUAAUGCUGGUUUUCCGCCUGAAAUGGGGCAAUUGAGUGAUGAUCGGAGAAAUGGGGUUGGUUUGAAUGUUAAGGAUCAAUGGGCGGAUAAUAAAGAAGGAGUUGAAGGGAAUACUAAUUUGAAUCAACAAAACCAACAAAUGGGUUCAAAAUCAGGUUGUAGUAGUAAUAAUUCUGAAAACAGUAAAGGAUCUGGAUCUGGGUUAUCUCUUUCUCAAAAGGAGAAUAGAAAUAAGGCUAGAGAAAGAGCAAGGGAAAGAACAGCCAAGGAAAAAGAUAAUGUUGGCUGUUCUAAUCAUAGUCAUCAACAGAAUGUGAGUUCUAUGCCACAAACUUCAUCUUUUACUCAGCUUUUAACAGCAGGAAUGAAUAAUCUGAAUGAGAGUAGUAAUGCAGCUGCUAGUUCUAGUCCUUCAACUCAUCACGGGAAUGUUGAAAUGGGUUUAUUUCAUAAACAUUCAAGAGGAGGAAACAGUGCUACAAAUCAAUGGUUAACAUCAGGUCCAAGUAGUUCUUCAAUGGGGGAUUAUUUUGGUACAGGACUUAUAGGCUUAUUCUCUUCUUCUAGAGCUGCAGGACAGAUGCAGCUUGGAAACACAUCUUCAUCACUUCCCCAAGUGAUGACUAUUACCUCUUAUGGAGGUUCGGAUAAUCAUAAUCAUAAUCAUGCCCAUCAUGAACAACUUCAGCAUUUCCCCUUUGUAUCAGAUCAACAACUGAUACAAGUAGCAAACAACACAGGAUCAGGAGCAAGUGGAAGUGGAACUGAGUAUAAUUUAAACUUUAGUAUUUCAUCAACUUCCACUAAUACUCCCAGUUUAACGUCUGGGUUCAAUAAUAGGGGGACCCUUCAGUCCAAUUCUCCGUCAUUGUUGCCUUACCUUCAAAGGUUUUCUGCUGCAGACGGAUCAAGCUUGCCUUUCUUCCUUGGUAGUGCAGCAGUUUCUUCUGCUUCACCUUCUAUUGAAAACCAUCACCAUCCCCAACAACACUUUCAUCCUCCUGGGUUGCAGCUCUGUUAUGAUGAUGGAAGCCGCCAAUCUGAUCAAAAGGGGAAAGGAAAGAACUGAGUUUUUCUCCAAUCAUCUUCCAUAUUUCUGCUCUCCAAUUCACUUUGUAAAACAUUGAUGGAGCAACGUAAAUAGAAGUCAUGAGUCCCUCAAUUCUCAAGUGAAAGCAUUUUAAGUUCUCCUUCACUCUACUCUACUCUUGUGAAUUUAUCAAUGCCUUUGAUUUUCUUUUGGUUUUUUUUUUCAAGUCAAUGAAUUUUAUUCCCAUUGUUGAACUUUUAAGUUGAAUUUGUUGAUCUAGUGUGCUUUUUUGUGAUUUCUUUUAUCAUCAAAUCUCCAUAUUAUUUGCAAUUUCUUUUGUUUCUAUCACCUACAAGUUCAUCUUCCAACUGUUAUAAAUUGGUACUUGACUUUUGUUAGCAGGAGCGACCAUUGUUACUUGACUUAUGUUAGCAGGAGCGACCAUUGUUACUUGACU